CCUAUCCCCCCCCGCCCCCUCAAUCUCCCUCCCUCCCCCCUCUCCUCCCCCCACGCCUUCACCCCGCCUCCUCGCUCGUAUUUACCGUCCGACGCGCACAAGGGGCAGAGCAGAGAGACUGCGCGCGCGCAUAGAAGAAGCAGAGGCGGUUUCAAUUCAAGUGGCAGCGCGGAUAAUAGGAAAGGCAGCUCGAGUAAGAGGAAGGCAGCAGCGCUGAUAAGAGGACGGCAUCCCAGAUAAUAGGAAGGUGGCAGCACGGGUAGGAGGAAGGUGGCACGGGUAAGAGGAAGGUAGCAGCACGGGUAAGAGGAAGGCGGCACGGGUAAGAGGAAGGCGGCACGGGUAAGAGGAAGGUGGCACGGGUAAGAGGAAGGUAGCAGCACGGGUAAGAGGAAGGUGGCACGGGUAAGAGGAAGGUGGCACGGGUAAGAGGAAGGUGGCACGGGUAAGAGGAAGGUGGCACGGGUAAGAGGAAGGCGGCACGGGUAAGAGGAAGGCGGCACGGGGGUAAGAGGAAGGUGGCACGGGUAAGAGGAAGGCGGCACGGGUAAGAGGAAGGUAGCAGCACGGGUAAGAGGAAGGCGGCACGGGUAAGAGGAAGGCGGCACGGGUAAGAGGAAGGUAGCAGCACGGGUAAGAGGAAGGUGGCACGGGUAAGAGGAAGGCGGCACGGGUAAGAGGAAGGGGGGUUCCAGGUUGCGCAUCGAAUCACCGUCACCCGGGAUGUCCCCGAGCGGAACCGCGGCCGCGUUCUUCGCGCUACUCGUAUGCGGAGCACACGUGGCCCAGGCGGUGUACGUGAUCCGCCGCGGGGCCUGCCGCUGCCAGCGCGCACCCAGGGCCGUGUUCCCCAACGAGCUGCGAAUGGUCGAGCGCAGACGCCUCGCGCCGCACUGCGACCUCGAGGUCAUGGUGAGCACCACCGUGGUGUCACGCUUCAAGGGCCACACGUUCUGCCUGCAGCCGGCGCUUGCGUCGACGCGGGCGCUGCUCAAGGCGUGGGGCCGCGUGCAGGAGGAGCGGCGCGCGCGCCACGCCCGCUGGCAGGCGCGAUGGAGGCGGACACACAAGAUGUACUACCAGUGAGCCAGCCGGCUGGGGCGGGUGCUCACGAAUGAACGACGGCUCGGGGCUCGCUCGGCCCCUCGCUGUCGGUAGAGAGGAGAUACGACGGGGCACACGGCCGGAGAGUUAACAAAAUGUACCCUCCGUGACAAUGGAACGGACCACAACUCCGCAAGGUGUCCCGAGUCCCGUGUUGAGCACCGACGCGAGCUCGCUUGGCGUUGGGUCGAACCAUUAUGUCUGUAGGGGUAUUUUAUUUGCGUUGCUGGAAGUAGCUAACAAUCGCCUUUUACACUUUCCUUACUCCGGGCUUCGUUGUCCCCUCCACAAAAUCGUUCUUUGUGUGUUUUUAAUGUUUUUGAUAUAUGCACACGUAAUGUAAACACAUUGUAUUGCUUUGUAUGCAGUAUAUAUUUAAACUGUCUGUGUGGGUCUAUUCAUUAUUCAUAUUUGCUGCAUUAUUUAAGAAUCGCAUCGGCCGAGUGUUGUGCGCGCAGAGCCUUCGCCCGGCCGAGGGGGUGCGGGCCCGAUCUGACAACAGGUCAUUGUGUGUGUUCGCAUCAAUUGGCUUGCACACAGAAUGCUCAAAACGUCAUUUAAACAGAGGAACGAUUUCCUCUGCGCAUCAAUACUGCCGGGGUUUGUUUGUGGCGAUUAAGUCAAAUUAAUUAUACACACACACACUGUCACACACAUAGAUUAGCAACACGCCGAUACGCACGCACACACUGACACAAAAGCAGAAAAAAAUACACACACACAUAGAUGCACAAACACGGACACAGAUAAGAGAAAGAUCCCCCGUAUAGCCUUAACAUAAUGUUGGGGCAAGUGCUGUUAUGGAGCACCUACGAAGAUCAGCACGGCACUAAACUACGACACUUAUUAUUUUACCAAGUAAAGCCCACUGAGCUAUCUAGCUCUUUUUCAGAAGCGACCUGGCCACAAAUAAUAUAAUUCACUGGUCUACAAAUGUUUAGACGUCGUCUGCUUCAGAGAUGAAAUAUGCUGUUUAUUAUGGAUGUUGAUGUGCUGUAUUCAAAUAUGACAAUUAAAACAACUGAUUGGCUCUGUUCACAGGAUAUUUAAGUUUUUACAUUUUACGUCUUGUAUAUUGUGUAGAUAGUGUUUUACUCAUAAAUUGUAAACCUUUUCACGUGUUUAUGGUUGCUUUACAUGAUAA